GAAGGAAUAGGAAGACGAAUUAUGAUGAUGAUGAUGAAUGCGUCGCAAUGAGAUAAGUUAGCUCAACACAAACUGUACCUCUCACCAUGAAUAUUCUAAGGAGGAGCUGUAAUGUGUUCUUAAGACUGCGGUGGGAAGGAAUAGUUUUGGACUCUUUAGACAAAACAAUCAUCAGUAAAAAUCUGUGUACACCUAAGACCAGUAGUUUAAGACCAAUUCAUACUACUGGGACAAAAUGUGAUUUGAUGGAAUUCUUCGACGAUGAAAAAAAUUGGGGAACUGAAGCUAUAAAAGUGGGUAGAGCUUGGAAGAAAGACGAACUUAGAAUCAAGAGCAACUCUGACCUCCACAAAUUAUGGUAUAUCCUGCUGAAAGAGCGGAACAUGCUCAUGUCUAUGGAGCAUGAACACCAGGAAGCUUUUGAACCGUUCCCAAACCCGGAGAGAUUGGAUAAGGUUAAAGAAAGCAUGCACAACCUGGAGGAGGUGGUGAUAGAACGCAACAAAGCGUACCACGAACUGGAAACAGGCGAGACUGGCAUUGUACCAAGUAAACAGGUCAUCAACCAGUUAGGAUUAACACAUUUCCACCGAAUGGGGGAACAUUUGAUUCCAAAGUAUGUAAACAAGAAGUGGAGAGAGAAGCAUGUCCACCACGAUAACUACAAGGAAACAAAAGUAUUCCUCGCUUUACUUGAGGAAAAGAACAAAGUUAUAGAAUCAAAACACCGCAAGGGUCUUAGACAACAUGUGCUGGGGCUGAUGCGGAGAUUCCCAAACUUGGACUUGGAAGCUGUCAAAGAGAAGUUCCCAGAAGUGGACGUUGACAAGCUGAAGGACUUGGACAAAGCGAGGGGACAUUGGCUGCCGUAGAGUUUGUAACCUGCUGUUGAUGUAGAAUGUAAAUAACUUUUGUACAGAUAUAUUAAAACCAUUUAUCCACACAUA